AUGUCAACGACGACUACAACAGCAUCUGCAUCGAUAGCAACAUCGAAUCAGCCAUCGCCGAAGGAAAUUAUCAUCGAUUUGUGCACAACAGUUGGAGAAGUUUUCUCAAAGUUUAGUGUUUUGUUACGUGAUUUAGAUGCGAACUAUCAAAAUAUUUUGUCCGCUAACGAGCAAAAUCAAGCAGCUGCUGGUUGGGACGAACAAAGUGUAGCAAUGUUUCGUCAGGCAGUGGAAACAUUCGGUAUUAGUGUACGUGAUAUUUCAACGGCUGUCGCCGAAAAACGAAUUCGUGAACGAUAA